AUGGGAACUCUCCAAGAGGCAGGAGAAAAGACAUUGGCUCUUGGGGUCAGGGAGAAUGCAGAAGCAGCAGGACUAGGAGCAUCCGUGAGACUUGGAGAAUUGGAGCUGAAGGAGGAAUGGCAGGAUGAAGAAUUCCCUAGAUUGCUUUCUGAAGAGUCUGAUUCUUUUGAAGAUCUUGAUCCUAACAGAGACUCACAGGCAGGUACCCCCAGCACUUUAGCCCUGUGUGGCCAGCGCCCCAUGCGUAAGCGUCUUUCUGCCCCGGAGUUACGACUGAAUCUGACGAAGGGGCCUGGAGAUAACGGUGCUUCUCCCAUCCACUCUGUACCCACCUCUCCUGACGACAGUACUGACCUGGAAAUAGAUGAAUUGGAGACACCUUCAGACUCUGAGAAGCUGGACAGCGGACAUGAAUUUGAAUGGGAAGAUGAGCUACCCAAGACAGAGGGCCUGGGCGCCAGCGAGGCAGCUGAAAGGCUGGGCCAGGGUUGUAUGUGGGACGUGGCUGGAGAAAACGGCCAUCGCUGGAGGGUUUUCCGGACAGGGCAGAGGGAGCAGCGAGUGGACAUGACUGCCAUUGAGCCCUAUAAGAAAGUCCUGUCUCAUGGAGGUUACCAUGGCGAGGGCCUCAAUGCUGUCAUCCUCUUUGCUUCCUGUUACCUACCCAGAAGCAGCAUUCCCAACUAUACCUAUAUCAUGGAACACUUAUUCAGGUAUAUGGUGGGAACUCUGGAGCUGCUGGUCGCUGAAAAUUACCUGCUUGUUCAUUUGAAUGGAGGCACAAGCAGAGCUCAGGUUCCACCUCUGAGCUGGAUACGCCAGUGCUACCGGACUCUGGAUCGGCGGCUAAGGAAAAACCUGCGUGCCCUGGUGGUUGUCCACGCUACGUGGUAUAUGAAGGCAUUCCUGGCCCUGCUCCGGCCCUUCAUCAGUUCCAAGUUCACAAGAAAAAUUCGUUUUCUGAACAGCCUGGGAGAACUGGGCCAACUCAUCUCCUUGGAUCAGGUCCACAUCCCGGAAGCUGUCAGACGGUUGGACCAGGAUCUCCAUGACUCAGGAAGGACCUAG